AUGACAGAUCCUGCGUUUACAAGUUCAGAAACUACGGACGAGAAUGGCCAUGUAAAACCAGGUCGCGCAUUUACUCUUCCAGAAAUAAUUGACAACGAGAAUGGAUGGGGCCCGUCUCCUGUAAUGCUUCCUGAACAAUUUAGGGACAUACCGUAUGCACCAUACAGCAAAGCAGAUAAACUGGGCAGAAUUGCUGAUUGGUCAACACCCGAUCAGAGAGAGAAAGAAGCUACUGGCAGACAAAGGGCUGGCCGUGGUUACCGCGAUCAUCAAUACACUGCAUAUGGUAGUGGUGUAUCUAGUGCCUUUGCGUAUACCCAUGCAGAAGAUGAAGCCUCCUUUUCUGUAGUCGACAAUCGAUCAACGGCGCAAAAGAAGGCUCAGUAUCGGACGACUGGAGGUGCCAAGAAUCGAGGGGGUUUACGAGGACAGCAGCAGCGACAGCAAAGGUCUAAUUAUAAUCAAUUUCGAUUUGGUGUUGGUGGUAGACAUAUGGGAGGAAAGAACACCGCUACAGCCGUACGGCGUCGCUUUGGAUACAAGGAUUAUGACAAGCCGCAACGUAUUCGUGAUGCGUCCGUCAACGUAAGUCCUGAAUGGAAACUACUUGAGGAAAUCGAAUUCAAUCGACUUUCCAAACUCAAUUUAGACGUCGAUGAUGAGGAAGAUGUUGAUAAUAUGUGUACAGAAAGGCCUCUGCGAUCGACCGAAAGAGUAAGAAUCUUUGUGACCACAUCGAAGGAUCCUGUUAUCGAACAGUUGGCCAAAAAUAAAGCGGCGACAAUUUUUGCAACCGAUACCAUUCUUAGCGUCCUGAUGUGUGCAACGAGGUCGGUGUAUCCGUGGGAUAUAGUCAUUAAUAAAACGGGCAACCAACUUUUCUUUGACAGACGAGAUACUGGACUAUAUGAUUUGUUCACUGUCAAUGAGAAUGCAGCUGACCCACCAAUGGAGAGCGCCGAUAAGGAUAGCAUUAAUUCGCCCAGUGCAUUAGCUAUAGAAGCAGCACUUAUCAAUCAUUGCUUUGCUGUUCAAGGAUUAAACGAGGCAGACAGAAUAGAAUUUGAAAAAUCAAAUCCAUUCGCUGCUUCACCCGAGGAAGUUGAUGACAUGGCUCCAUGUGCCUAUCGAUACCGUAAAUUUAAUUUAAGCAUAAAAGCAGAAGAGAAUGUGACUCUUAUUAUUCGGACACAAGUUGAUGCAUUCGCCAAGUCAUCCAGUGGUGAUAAUACGAUGAUCACUAUUAAAGCAUUGAACGAAUUUGAUUCUCGUGCACAAGGAGCUGCUGGUGCCUUGGAUUGGCGACAAACAUUGGAUGCACAGCGCGGAGCAGUUGUUGCUACUGAAAUGAAGAAUAACAGCUGUAAGCUUGCUCGAUGGGCUGUCCAGAGUAUAUUGGCUGGCGUCGAUCAGAUGAAGUUAGGAUACGUUUCACGCGCUAGUCCAAAGGACGCCCGUCGGCAUGUUAUCCUUGGCACACAUACAUAUAAACCACGUGAUUUCACAGAUCAAAUGAAUCUAGUUACAUCCAAUGGAUGGGGGAUAGUGAGGACAAUAGUUGAUCUAUGUAUGAAACAACCUGAUGGGAAGUAUGUACUGUUGAAGGAUCCAAAUAAGUCUGCCAUAAAAUUGUAUGCAGUCCCACUCAAUGCAUUUGAAGCAGAGGAAGAGGCUGUGGAUGAGGGAGAGGAGCUUGAAGAAGAGAAUGAAAACACACGAGAAAAGUAG